UUCUACAGGAAGUCGGUACCCUUAGGGUCAAUUGACAAGGCGCUGGCUAAUACUGAAGUUAGAAUGUGUUUCACUGUUUCACAAGCGUUGGAAGAUUUUUCUAAGAACGUCGUUGAUGUCAAGAAAAAAUUCUCAACCCCGAACUCUUCUGUCAUUGUGAUAGGUGGAUCAUACAGUGGGAUGUUGGCUACUUGGUUCCGGCUAAAGUAUCCACAUAUUGCAAUUGGAGCAUUGGCCUCUUCUGCCCCACUACUUGGUUUUGUAGUCAUCCCUCCAAAUGACCAGUACUGCUCAGUAACCAGCCAAGACUUUAAGGAUCAAAGCCAAAAAUGCUAUGAUACUAUUCGUCAAUCAUGGGCGGUGAUAGAUAGUAUGAGUUCUAAAUCAAGUGGUUUAGCAGAUCUUAGUCGUACAUUCAACACAUGCAGUCAUGCAUUGAGAUAAUUUUGCCAAUUGGUUGCGGGAAUAACACUAUGUUUGAACCAAACCCCUUUAGUUUGACCAAACAGUUGGAGGAUUGUGAGCAAAUGUAUGGACCUUAUGGACCAAAUCCUCAUUGGACGUCAGCAUACUACCAUGGCCAGGAUUUUGGAAGACCUGUCCAAAACAAUUGUUGCAUUAACAACAAAAGAAGAUACGCAUUAGAUAUUUAAGGCUUAUGUCGCUUAUACUUUACUUAACGAUAUUAUUAUACUACUAUUUACAUUCCUAUAAUUUCUCAUUUCUUUGAUAG